AUUACACAAAGCGCGGGAGAUUUGGAGAACAGUUCCCGCCAACACAAUCCCUAAACAGCUUGAAAUUCUUCACUAUCCCCAAUUUUUUUUUCCAUCCAACAAAUUUCUCCACUAAAAAUCUUUUUCCCCUUUCACAAGCUGACGAUCUGCUUACUUUCAAUAAUCAAAUUCGAUCUCAAUUUUGCCAAGAAUUAAAUUAUCAUAGGUGAUUUAUACCUUUUUGAAAAACCCUAAUUUUCGGUGGUCCGAAAGUAGUAAUCAAUGGACACUGAAGGUUUAUCGAUAAUCUGCGCCGGGCUUGGCUCUAUCGAUAAAGAUGAAGAGGGUAAUGCUGAUUACAUCAAGGAAGAGUUUUGUUUAGAUAAUUUGAAGGAUUUGUUGAGGUAUUUGCGCCGUGAUGAUCCGUCGACUAGGGAUGUGUUUAAACAAGUGUGUAAAUGGGAUAUUGUAUCUAAGGAUUUGAUACCCAUUAUUGAGUAUUGUCAAGAUGAUCAUAAUUUGGUCUUAAAUGCAGUGAAGGUUUUGGUGUUUCUUACUAUGCCGUUGGAGGCCAUGUCAAAGGAUUUCAAUGAGCAGCUAGAGUACCUCUGGGGUAUCAAAUUUGCUAUCACUCUCAGCAAUGUUGUUGCUGUUAUCGUCUCGUUACUCGAGAAGCCACUUGAAAAUUUGGAAUGUAAGGCAUUUUCAGAGGAUGAUUGGAAACUGGUCCAAUUGGUUCUGACUUUAUUCCGGAAUAUCUUAGCUGUCCAAGACAUCUCAGCACAUCAAAAGGCGUUGGGUUCUGCCACUCAAUAUCUAUCCUUGCGGGAUGACUUUGUAGACCUAUUGUUCAGAGAGAAUGUAAUGGAUUUGAUUAUCGUCAUAACUCAGCAUGCUGGUGGUUCUUGUCGCUAUCUUCGGCAUGAUAAUUUGCUUCUCUUAGAAAUAUAUCACCAUAUAUUUAUGGGUCAGGAUGCAGAAUCAAUUGUUAAAGUCUGUAUGAAGGUGGAUGGAGAAGCUAAACCUUGUCUUGAAAGUCUCAAAAGUAUCAUGCAAGAGGAGACAGAAAAGAGAAAACUAACCAGAUUGCAUGCUAGUCGACACUCAAAGUUUAGUGGGACCUUUACACGACUUACCUUGGAUGGUUCUAAAACAACAUGCAAGGGAAUCCCCAGUUCCGCGAGUUGUGAUAAACUGCUAAAGCCAGAGAAAGUCCAUCGUGGUCCAUCUAAAAGGAUUGUGAAAGAUUAUGCACCGCUACCCACCACAAAAAGAAGCAUUUUGGAGAGGCUCCAUGACUUUCUCAACCAGUUUCUAACUGGGGGAUACAAUGUGCUGAUGCAGUCAAUUAUCCGGGAUAUUGAGAAGGAGCAUCAUGCAAUACAAACCAGUGAUGUGCUUAUGUUCUUUCACCUUGCCCAGUUUGUUACAUCUUUUCAACAUCAUAAAUGUCAGUUGACAAAGUCAAAUGCAGAUAUCAAACAUGAACACUCUGCCAGCGAUGAUGACGAUGAUAGCACAUGGUUUAAAGGUGACAUAUGUGGUCCCAUUGCAGCAACGAUGAACGAUUCAAUGUUUGCAUUGGUAGUAGCAAAGUGGCAAUUUGCUUUCGAAGGCUUGAAGGAAACGAAGAACAAUGCAUUUCUUUCAGUUGCUGGAUCCCUUGUAAAAACUAUGAUCCGGAUGUUAGAUUUGGUGCUCAAGGUGAUGCCUGAAAAAUCAAAGGAACCACAAACUGCUCGAAUUAUACUUUACAAAUUAUUCUAUGAUCAAACUGAUCAAGGGUUGACCCAAUUUCUUUUAAAGAUGGUUAGAUCAUUUGAUGCUCAUAAGCAACCUAAAAGUGAUCUUGCAGAUUUAGUGGAGAUAAUACAUGUAGCUAUAAGGCUUAUGGAGAAGCUGCAAGCACAUGGCACAUUAAGGGUUGCCAGGAAAUCCAGGAAGGCCAGGAAGAAAAAAGAUGCGAAAAAUGCGGAAAACAAAACUGUUGAAGAUGAUGCCACAAAGCAGAAUGAAAUCCUGCGCUCCAGCGGUGAAGACCUGUCUCCUAAAGUUGCAAAUUGUGAUAAGGAAUUGUCAACACAGACAGGAUGUGAUGAAAAAGAAGAAAAUGUUAAUGGUCGCCGUCAAGUUGAUGAGAUUGAAAUGUGUAUGGAUGAGAGACAAGACUCAGGCAGCCUCCCUGUGGGUGAUCAUGAAGAAUCUGAUAAAAUUCAUGAUCCACUAAGUGAUAAAGAAUUAAAUCAAAUUCCUGAUCCACUAGACGAUACAGAAUUAAAUCAAAUUCAUGAUCCACUGGGUGAUCAUGGCAAAUCUAGUCAAAUAAAUGACGACUUUGUUGUUGCUGGAGCAGAUGAUUGUGAUUCCUCUGCAGAUGAACAACCUUCUACAACAGAUGAAGUUGAUUUUAGGAUGACGUCCUUGCUAUUUUCACUGGCAAAUAGUGCCAUAAUUAGUAACCUCUGCUGGUUACUUAAGUUUUACAAGAGCAAUCCCACUACCACAAACCACUACAUUUUAUGCUUGUUUAGGAGGAUAUCAGAUGAUCUGGAUCUUGCUCCCAUGCUGUAUCAGCUGUCCUGCCUUGUCAUAUUCUAUGAAAUCCUAAGUGAGCAGAAGACAUCCCCACGUAAAGACUAUGAGAACAUUGUCCAGUUUCUGACUAGUCUUGUAAGGAGAAUGCUGAGAAAAAUGAAGGAUCAACCCCUUCUCUUUGUGGAUGUUUUAUUCUGGAAGACACGGAAAGAGUGCCAGUACAUCAACGUUGAAUCCAUCCAACGUGACAUUGGUAAAAUGCAGAAGGAAGUUAGGAAUUGGGGUCAUGAUGAUGAAACUGGUCAACCACAAGGGAACAACGGCACUCGGAAAACUGUAGCAGAGGCACUCGGCGAUGAUGAAUAUGAUGUCAUUAUUCCCAAUCAACAUUGUUUCGAGGAGGACGAAGACUCUGAUGAAGCUGCGGGAGAGGCCCUUCCCACCAAUGGUCAUGAGGAUAAUAUCAUCAAAGAUAAUACUUUGGAGGGUGAUCUUCAAGGUGUCAUAAAGAGGAAGAGAAGACUGGUUCUCAGUGAUAAGCUGGAGGAAGAGAUAAGGGGCCUUUAUGAGAAGUAUAAGGAUAAGUUAAACUGUGACCAGCUCAUUGCAGAAGCUCUUGAUCCUGAUGGAAAUAUUUCUUCAGCUCAAGUAUCCCGCAAAUGUAAAAAACUAGGACUACAACUUCCUUCAAGAAAGAGCAGCAACAUGGCCCAUUUAUCUAAUGAUAAUGAUCAAGAUAAGGAAGGCCGACUUGAAAAAGAUAGCAGUCUGCAAGACUUAAAUCAUGCAGACGGACCCUCUGAUCUGGGGAGACCAAUGCAAGCUAGAAAGAGAGUACGUGCCAUGGAUGAAAAUCAAGAGUUGAAGAUCAGAAGUUUAUUUGAGCAUUUUAAAGAUCAUAAGAGGUGCAGCCACAUGAUUGCAAAAGAAAUGGACCCGAAUGGAGCACUGACGGCAGCCCAAGUCUCUCGUAAGCUCAAGAAACUUGGCUUACAAACUUCUCGAAUGAGAAGUGAAGUAAACAAGCAAAAGAAGGAUGAUGCUUCUACCGAUGGUGAAGAUGAUUCAGACAAUCAGACUCUGUCCUUGGUUAGGAAAAGGAGCAAAAACAAAAAGGUUACUUCAUCUUACAAGGACUUGGGCAGUUCAAAAUAUGAUCAAUCACCAGGGUCUACUAAUUCAGAUGAUGAUGACCUAGCACUUAGCUCAAUAUUAAAGAAAUCUAGAAGAGUUCAGACACAACCAGUAGACAAGAGUGCAGAUGCUUCAACUGAUAAGGAUAAUGUUGGAGAAUCUGGCAGCCGAAUUGCUCAAAGUCUAGAAGAAAGAGGAGAAGCUAUGGAUGUACAUUUUGAUGCUCAAAGGCCUAACAGCCCUCGUAGUAGUUCAGCACAUCAAGCUGCUAGUUUUAGUGACUGGGUUAAGAGAGAUAAUGAGCAGAAGCAUGACAAGUUGUCUGACGGUGCCUCAGAUGAUGGUAGCCCUGGCAGUGAUCCAGAAAAUGCUGCUACUCUCGACACCAGUUGGGAACAGAGAAAUCUUGAACUGAAUGACAAUGUAGAUAGUGUGCAGGAUGAGUACAAAUAUAAUGAGUUGGAAGAUUCAGAGGAUGAAGAGGGACCUAGUGCAUCACUAGAGAGUUCCAUAAAGAGAAGGAAACUAAGGAUAGUGAUGGAUUUUGAGGAUGAUGAUGAGUAGGACCUCUAUCCAAUUUAUGCAACCAAUGUAAAUUAACAAUUGAUCCACACAAAUUGAUCCGGGAAGUAGUUGUAAAUAAUAGUUUUGGUUGGAGUCCCAGAAAUAGUUUAAUACUCUAUCGGUAAAUGUUUGAGUGUACCAAGUCUAAUAGCAUGUUUGUUCCUCAAUGA